AAAAAUUCGUAGGAGUUCGAAUGUGGAACAUCCGAUAUCAAUGGCACGAAAAGCGUCCAAAAAAAGGGCUGUCCCCGAAUUCGUUAAAAGGUUUGGCCUUGAAGAUGGGAGGUGGCACACAAGGUUGGGAAUACUCCGUAUUUAACAUCAAAACAGUGAAGGAAAUUAGCUUAUUAUUGUUUGGACCUUGCAACUGUCAUCACUUGGUCUCUACUCACCUGUGGGAACUGUCUAAGUAUUUUAAAAUAAAAUGGUAUAUUGGACAUAUCAGCGAGCCAGUGCCUUUCUUCUAAUAACAUGUUAUCUAGUUCCACAGAUAACUGCUUGGUUCCUAUAUAAAGAUAUUGCUUUGGCCAUCAUUUUGGGAAAGCUUUUGAAACCCCGAUUCGUACCUCUACCCAUUCCAAUUCCUUUCCCAUUUAAAGUGAGCAAGCAUACUCACAAGCCUUACCCGGUUCCCAUCUACAGCAGUUCCUUGUCUACGCAACAAGUUGGACAUAAUCCUUGGCAAUUCCCUCAUACUAAUUUCGAGCAUCAUAAAAUAAUUGAAAACUCUCAGCUUGGAUCAGGCCACCAAAACUUAAUUGAUACCUCACAUCUUGUAUCAGGACAUCACGCUGUUGAACAGUUGCAAGCUGCUUCUCACAACAUAGAAAACUGGGUGGAACAACUAAGUCAGAGCUCAGAUGUCAUUAAAGCAAGUUCUAGUGAUGAGAUACCAACUAUUCACGACGAGUUGGAUGAAAUUGCAUCAGCAGGAGAUAUUGGACAAGAUCUGGAUAGCAGUGGAGAAUGGUGGUGAUGCCAUUACAGAAUGUUCACAAUUAAUUUUAGUGAGUAAUAUUUUUCGAAACUUAACAGAACUAUACAAAGCUCGUUUAAUUAGGCAAUGUAUGUAUACAAAUAUCCAUAUAAAUGUGUUAAAUUAUAUAAAUCUAAGUGCAUCAGUUAGAAAACAGCAAAUUUAUCAAUUUGGGCAUUAGUAAGAGGAGUUACUACUAAAAUACUAAAAAGCAAGUAAUAUAAAAAAAAUUUAAAGUCAAUUAAUACUUAGGUGAAUAAAAAAAUUUUUUUAAAUAUAAAAAUUCUUUUAAAUAAAACAAUUUGUUUAAAUUAAAAGUUUUAAUAAUUUUAAUAUGUGAAAAAAACUGUGUUAACACUAAGUAUCCUCCACUACAAAUUUUAAAAAAUGUAUUUGAACUUGAGUGGAUGAAUAAAAAAUUUUAUUAAUGAUUGAAAAUUAAUUAAUUAAUAAUUAAUUAAGUACAAAAAUUUAAAGUCAGUUCCUAUUUAG